GCGCCUGCGUAUUUAGCAGACGGUGUUUCUGACCGUUUCCAGGCACUUUGACGGCUUUAAAGCGGAUUAAAAUGGCUGUUCCCGCCAUGUAAGUUCCUGUGGACAGCAGCAGCGCUCAGUAGCAGGGUUUGAUUGGUUCCAGGUGUUCCAGGUGUUCCAGGUGUUAUGAACAACUAUGAGGUCAUCCGUCAGAUCGGAGAGGGUGCGUUUGGUAAAGCCUUCCUGGUCCGAGACAAAGGGGGGGGUGGAGACAGACAGUGUGUGGUCAAACAGAUCAACCUCAGAAAGAUGUCAGCGCGGGAAAAGGAAGCGUCUCAGAAAGAGGUGACGCUGCUGUCCAAGAUGAAACACCCGAACAUCGUCGCCUUCAUCGGCUCGUUCCAAGAUGGAGGCAGCCUGUGUAUAGUGAUGGAGUACUGCGACGGAGGAGAUCUGAUGAAGAAGAUGAACCUGCAGAGAGGAGUCUUCUUCACUGAGCAGCAGAUCGUGGACUGGUUUGUUCAGAUCUGUCUGGGUCUCAAACACAUCCACGACAGGAAGAUCCUCCACAGAGACAUCAAAGCUCAGAAUAUCUUCCUCACCAACGGAGGGAUGAAAGCAAAGCUGGGAGACUUUGGAAUCGCAAGAAUGUUGAAUAACACCAUGGAGUUGGCCAGGACCUGUGUGGGGACACCGUACUAUCUCUCCCCAGAGAUCUGUGAGAGUCGUCCCUACAACAACAAGACGGAUAUCUGGUCUCUGGGCUGCGUCCUGUAUGAACUCUGCACCCUGAGGCAUCCAUUUGAGGGCAGCAGUCUGCGGCAGCUGGUCAGUAAGAUCUGCAGGGGGCGCUACAACCCAGUACCCAGCCGCUACUCCUACGACCUUCGGCUGCUGGUCACCCAGCUGUUCAAGGUGAUGAUGUCAGUCAGCCCCCGGGACCGGCCCUCGGUCAGCUCUGUCCUCAGACGUCCCUACCUGGAGAAGCACAUCAGCAGACACCUGGAGCCACAGGUGAUGCAGCAGGAGUUCAACCACGCGGCGCUGUGUGGAAACAGAGCAGCAAACACACACACAGAGAAGAAGUCCAGACCUGCUCAGAGACCCGCCCUGAACAGACGGCCUGCUAAACCAGACUGGAGAGUCCCUCUCAGAGCCUACACCCCCCCUCCCUACAAAAGAGGACGAGCAGCUGCAGGCAGAGCGCUCUCAGGGCAGAACAACCACAGGUUGAACGAGCAGCAGCCGGUCAGCCAUUACCAGCACUACCACGCACAGCUGGACGCCUUCCAGAGGAGGAACCAGGAGGACGUCCUUCCUCCUGCUCCUCCUCCUCCUCUUCAGGAGCGCUGUGAAGACCUCGCUGUGGAACCAUACCAGCUUGUGGCUGCAGCUCGUAACGAGUACCUGCAGAGGAGACACGACGCCAACCAGUACAAACUGAGAGCAGAGAAACAGCUGGGUCUGCGUCCGUGUACAGCCGAGCGCAACAGGAAGCCCGGCGGUCAGGAGCAGGAAGUGGGACAACACCAACAUGAACCUCCGGACAGGAAGCAGGAGGGACGGCAGGAGUACCUGCGUCAGCUGGAGGCCAUCAGACAGCAGUAUCAGCACGAGAUGAGACAGAGGAGGCUGAGAGCUGAAGCAGAGGCUCAACCACACAAACAAGCAACCUUUGUGGUGGACAAACCCAGAGAGCCUCCUGCAGACGGUAAAGAGCAGCAGAGAGCUCCACCUGCUCAGGACGUUGGAGCUGCUCUGAGGAAGAUCAGAGAGGAGCACAGAGCUCAGAGGAGAGCACUGGAGAGGAAACACAGAGACAAGAAGGGAAUCAUGUUUGAGAUCCGGCUGGACGAUGAAGAGAUGGAGGAGGAAGAGGAGGAAAAGGUGGGUGAUGGUCAGAUGCAGGAGGAAGUGGAUCCUCUGAACCAGACUCUGAGCUUCCAGGAGGGCGAGGAGUUGAAGCUCAGGGAUUGGUCGGAGGUGAGGAGGGGGUGGAGCCAGAGGACUCCUCACACUCUGCUGGACGCGCUCGCCAACAUGGAUGUCAACUCCGUCUACAGCACGGCGGUGGAGGCUGAACGAGGUGAGGAGGCGGCAGGUCGCAGGCAGUGGGUGGACGGCGCCCCGAACACUCUGCUGAACGCUCUCGCUCAGGCUGAACUCACAUCAUCAACCCUGGACUCAGUGACUGCAGACUUAGAGCCAGAGGAGGACCGAGCAGCAGAGGAGGAGGACCGAGCAGCAGAGGAAGAGGAGGACUCUGAUGUGGAGAUGGAUGAAGAGCGUCUGGAGCCGAGAUCAGAUGAUGAUGACACGAACUUUGAGGAGUCGGAGGACGAGCUGAGGGAAGCGGUGGCGGACUCCAUGCAGAACCUGUUCAUCCCGGAGGACGGGAGCUCGGACGAGGCCGAGAGGGCAGCGGUGGAAGACGGGAGGGAGCAGAGUGAGGACUCCCAACGGGUCCAGCCGGAGGUCGAGGAUUCACGUUCAGACGCUGCCGCCACCACCGCCGCCGCCGCAGCCACCACCACUGGACCGACUGGGGUCGUUUCCACUGAGGCUGAAGAAGGCGAAGCUGCUUCAGAUACGCAGCAUCAGACUUCCUGAGUGCUAGAGGCUUUAAUCUGAGUGAGUCGGACAAUAAGACAGUCUCUCCUCAUUCAACCUGCAGACACUGAAACUCUAAUGAUUAUUUAUCAGGAUCAGGAGGUUCCUGUUAUAACUAAAUUACUGAGAGAAUUCUUCAAAUUAAAGCUCCUCUGUGGAGCGCUGUGGAGCAGUUAUAAAGGCACUGACUGAUAUCAAUAACACACAGAAACACUGAAUGUAAAGCUGUAAGGCCUCAAUGUGCCUCACACACAGACAGGUAAACAGGGCGUCUCACUGCCCGACGGUGUGGACUAUUUUGUCCUUUGAUGUUAGUGUUUCUACUGUGGGUUGCAGCAAUAAAUGGUUUUAAUUGUGUUUAAUUGGAA